UUUCGAGGAGUGACCCAAAAGAGUGGAAUGACAAGAAAAGAGGUGUCUUCUGUUUUAGAAGGAGAACAUCUACAAAUUGAAUCUGAAAAAGUUGAGGAGUCACAAGAUCAUGGUCUCAUGGAGCAGAAGUUUUGUGAUUCUGCGGUAAGUCAAGAUCUUGAGACUUCAGAAAAGAUAUUACAUGUUGUUAAUGUUAAGGAAUUGGGAACAGCAUUGGCUAAUUCCGCCUCUCAACAAGAUCAGCAGCCUGGUGAUACUGCCAAGGUUAAAGCUAGUUCUACUAUUAGCUCAUGUUCAACUAAACGGAAGUUGAGUAGACCGUCAUUGGGGAAAGAAAGUUUAAAUCUUUCUAACAGGAAAGAAGCCGCUGGUUGCCAAGAUGCUGAAACAGAGAGCAUCAAUGGCAGUACCAUCGACAAGAAUUGUCCAGAAAGUUCUCUAGCUCUGGCACCAGAGAAUGGAGGUGAAAACAUAGAACCAACAAAAGUUAGCUCUACUCUUAACGCCCAGUCGUCUUCUCAAGCCGGCAAAGAGACAUUAGAUGAAACAAAGGAAGAGUCUCAGUCUGAGCAGAAAAAAAUUGAUGAAACAAAAGAUGAGUCACAGUACGAGAAGAAAACGAUGACUGUGAUGAGGGGUGGAGAAAUGGUUCAGGUGAGUUACAAGGUCUACAUUCCUAAGAAGACCUCUUCUUUGGGUAAAAGAAAACUCAACAGGUGAAGCAACAUAAUGAAGAUAGUUGAUGUCGACAAAAAUUUUUGUUUCUGUAGAACUUAAAUACAAUGGUUGUUUGAACAAUAAUUACAACCAGAGUUGGUGACAACACAAACUUUAAAUCAUAAUAGAUUUGAAUUUUUGAAUA